CUCUCUCUCUCUCUCUCUCUCUCUCUCUCUGUCUCUCUCUCUCAGCGCCAUCUUAGAUUAACAUGGAGGGGGUUUAAACAGGGAAACACCAGGAGAGAACUAAUCCUCCGGCUAAUAACUCCUUUUAUUCCCGCCGAAAUGAUUCACUUUACAUUGUGAUAUUACGAUUAAUAUAUUUUAAUGUUUUUACGUUUUUUUUUUUUUUUUUUAUGAAAAGGAAAGAAAACUCAGCUCAGCUGGUUGGAGUUUAUUACUAGCCGCUAGUUUGUUUUGUUGAUGUGUUAGCCUGCUAGCUAACCUUCCAGUCGGAUAUGGCGACUUCCAAUCCAGACAUGGCCGACGUGUCUCCGUUGGGGAUGGCGGUGGCAGCCGGGUCUCACGCCGACGUCGGAGCCGUGGUGCCGAAGGGCAGCAACAAACGAGCCGCCACCUCAGACUUUGAUGACGAUGACGAAGGAGGGAAGCUGUUCAGAUGCGACGACGACUCGGGCAACUCGAACGACAAGGAGCGAUUCGCCAGGGAGAACCACAGCGAGAUCGAGCGGCGCAGACGCAACAAGAUGACCGCCUACAUCACGGAGCUGUCGGAGAUGGUGCCCACGUGCAGCGCGUUGGCACGGAAACCAGACAAGCUUACCAUCCUGCGCAUGGCGGUGUCUCACAUGAAGACCCUGAAAGGCAGCGGGAACACGAGCACGGACGGCACGUACAAGCCGUCCUUCCUUACCGACCAGGAGUUGAAGCAUCUGAUUCUGGAGGCGGCGGACGGCUUCCUGUUCGUGGUGUUGUGCGAGAGCGGGCGCGUGGCGUACGUAUCGGACUCGGUGACUCCGGUGCUGAACCAGAGCCAGUCCGAUUGGCUCGGCUCGUCUCUGUACGACCAGCUUCACCCCGACGACAAGGAAAAGCUGAGAGAGCAGCUGUCCACCACUGAGAACAACAACAGCGGCCGCAUGCUGGACCUGAAGACGGGCACGGUGAAGAAGGAGGGAAGCCAGUCGACGGUGAGAAUGAGCAUGGGGGCGCGCCGCUCCUUUAUCUGCAGGAUGAGGUGUGGAAACUGUCCCAUGGAGCCCAUGUCCAUGAACAGACUUGGCGCUCUAAAGAGCAGAAACAGGAGCGGGCUGGGUCCGGGGAAAGAGGGGGAGCCUCAGUUUGUGGUGGUGCAUUGCACCGGAUACAUCCGAUCCUGGCCUCCCGCAGGCGUUUCUCUGUCGGAAGACGAGUGUGAAAGUGGACAGGGCAACCGCUGCUGUCUAGUGGCCAUCGGAAGGCUGCAGGUGACGUGUUGUCCCAACGACAGCAGCGCUGGCAGCAUCAGCGUGCCGGUUGAGUUCAUCUCGCGGCACAACUGUCAGGGAGCCUUCACCUUCGUGGACCAUCGCUGCGUAGCGACGGUGGGCUACCAGCCUCAGGAACUUCUGGGAAAGAACUUCCUAGAGCUGGCUCAUCCUGAAGACCAGGGCCUCCUGAGGGACAGCCUUCAGCAGGUGGUAAAGCUCCGUGGUCAGGUCCUGUCCGUGAUGUUUCGGUUCUGCACCAAGUCGGGUGAGUGGAUCCUGAUGCGCACGAGCUCCUUCACCUUCCAGAAUCCGUACUCGGACGAGAUUGAGUACAUCAUCUGCACCAACACUAACGUCAAUAAAGCUCCGAAUCAGGAUGCUCUCUCCCCUCUGUCCUCCCCCAGGGGGGCAUUACCCCCCUCUAUGGGGCAGAACAGCCCCAGCUGCCCCCCAGCUUCCAGCCCAGUGCAGAUAAAACACUCCAGGCAGCUCCAGCAGCAGCAGCAGGCCGAGAUGGAGGGAGGAGGAGGACGAGAGGAGAUCUAUGAGGCCGGACAGGUGGCUCUUCCUCAGGUUCAAGUGCAGUCAGUAGGACCAGAUCCUAAUCAUUCUAAGGUUUUAAACUCCAAUGCACCCCCUAGUGGACAGCAGGUUUAUCCCUCUUCUGCCCCAUUCAACGCUAAUUCGCGUGCCACUGAGGCGUUCAGGCAAGCUCCUUUGGCAACCCAGAUGUUAUCCCACAUGUCGCGCCAGAGCGCCCCCUCUGGUCUCCCGGUGAACAACAGUAGCCCGGUUCAGAGCCAGAGCGCGAACCCUGUGCCUCCUGCUGCCUGGGCUCAAUCACGUCCUCCAUUCAAUGCACAGGCGGCAAAGACGCAGUCACCCCAAUUUCCCAUGCAGAAUUUUAGCUCCGCCCCAUCCUCCUCGGCUUCCUCCUCUUUUGUACAAAUGGGCGGCGCUUCAUCCAACAUGGCGGCCAACUCGGCGAAUUACUCACAGAUGAACCCUCGCGGACACCAAGCCACCAACGGAUACGGUGACGUAAACCAGUCAGGGCCGCAGUUCUCCUCCAGACCAGCGGAGGCAACAGCGUGGCAGCAGUGGCCAAAUCAACCCCACACACAAAACGCAGCGGAAUCUCAUCCUCAUAUCCAGAACAACCAACCAGAGAUGUUUACAGAUGUUCUGUCCAUGUUGGAUUCGUCUGCAAACUUCAGCAACGAAGACUUCACCGAGAUGCCCAUGUUCCCUCCGUUCCCCGAGUGAUCCUCCAUCGUCCUCUUUUUUUUUUUCUUCUUCUUCUUUUGUUCUCUCCUUCUCUUCUUUUCCAGUUUGUCAAGAAACAGAACGAGGGGAGAUUUUGCCGAGAGUGUUGUUUUUUUUGGGGGGGUAAUAUGGAGUAGACUUUUUCCUCUGCGGAGGAAGCGGCUGUGUUCUGAUAACCACGCACAAGUGCACUGAGUGAGCACAAUCAGUCCGACACACUGAGUUCGGUUUCGUCCCGCCACGCCCCCAGAACCACGCACACACACACACACACACACACACACACACAAAUGCACUUGGAGAGGUUUUAUCCCGAACACGAGGAAUGUCCACGUCGUUCUGUUUUUAUAUAAUCGGUAGCAAUAUUUGACGAUAUUAUCAAUGUAAUAAAUCGAUUAAAAAGUAUAUAUGUAGAUGUAUUUUUGUAAAAAGGGGGCGGCCCUUAUCCUGCCUUUCUUACGGGACUCGCUUCAAUUGCACUGCCUGAAACGCUACCUGUAGAGGGCGCCGCCUCCUGUGAGGUAUUAUCCUUCUGCGAUAUUUUAACACCCGAGUAUUGCGAUGUUGAUGACGACGACGACGAUGAUGUACAUUCGAUCCUGAGAAGAAUAAUUUCUCCGAAAGCAAUGCGAAUGUAUUCAUCUCGUACGCAUCAUCGCGACGUCGAUCCAAACGUGUCUCGAUUUGUAAAUAAAGGCGCACGAUCCUGGAA